AUGCAGGUACAAUUUUAUCAGAACAUCAUGAAGGGCCAGCAAGGCACGGCUCGCACGCAGGCAAUCUGCUUCUCUCCCAACAACAAGCGUCUCGCAGUCGCCGACGCCACGCGGCACAUCCAGCUUUUUGACGAGCAGGGCGAGCGACGUGACAAGUUCGCGACCAAGGCGGCAUCGGACAAGGGUGGACGAGGCUACAUCGUGACGGACAUGACCUUCUCCCCUGACAGCUCGCUGCUGGCGAUUGCGCAGUCAGACAGUAUUGUGUUUGUAUACCGCCUCGGGCUGGAAUGGGGAGAGAAGAAGGCGAUCCGCAACAAACUCUCGCAGACAUCGCCGGUGACGUGCGUAGCAUGGCCCAACACGUCCUCUCAAGGGGUGGAGCUCAUUGCCUUCGCCACGCUGGAUGGCAGCGUGAAGGUGGGCAUGCUGAAGGCCAACAAGUCACACGUCCUCUAUUCACACGACCACCCGGCCGUGUCGAUGUGCACCAGCCGAGACAACACGAAGAUCCUCACAGGCCACCUGGACGGCACCGUCUACCAGUAUGUCUUCGAAGCCUCCGAGGACGGCGCCGAGGUGGCUGGGGCGAAGCGGCUCUUCGUGCACAGUUGCGCGCCGUAUAUGCUAGCCUGGGGCGAAAGCAUCUGCGCGGCCGGUACCGACUGCCAGGUCGCCUUCUACACUCCAAAGAGUGGCCAGAAGCCGCAAGUGAUCCCGUUUGAUCCGAAGGAAGUCGGCAGCUUCACCGGUGGGGUCUGCAAUCCGAGCGGACAGGCCGUCGCCAUCGCCGGACGCGAGCAGAUCCGCGUCUUCGACCUCAAUAUCCGCUCUCGAAAGUGGGAGGAGGGCGCCGUGGUGCACCUGCCGCACAGCGAGGGCUUCAGCGCGAUGCAGUGGAAGCGCGAUGGCAGCCGACUCGCCACCGGGUCUGUCACGGGCUCUGUGGACCUGUUUGACUGCUGUCUGCGCCGCUACCGCAUGCGCGGCGCGUACGAGUUCACGUACGUGAGCCACAGCCAGGUGAUCGUGAAGCGGCUGGCGAGCGGAACGCGGCUGGUGUUGCAGUCCUACAUGGGCUUCGAGAUUCAGAAAGUGAACGUCUACCAGGACCGCUACCUUGUCGCCCACACCUCUGUCACUCUUCUUCUUGGCGACUUGACAUCGCACAAGCUGAGCGAGGUGCCGUGGCAGCUCACCGGGCGCGAGAAAUUCACCUUCGAGAAUGAGCAGAUAUGCAUGGUCUUCAACGUUGGCGAGCUGUGCCUUAUCGAGUACGGCAAGAAUAUGAUCCUUGGCACGUGCCGAACUGAGGAACGCAACGCGCACCGCAUCAGCGUGCGUGUCCUCAACCCCCUUGCAAGCGACGCCGGUGCUGGUGCGGCGGCUGACAGUGGAAGUGCCGGCGGGCAGCGUCGUGAGGUGAACACGACGACGGGCUCGCCUGUCGUCUCCACUUCUGUGGCAGGCGGCUCUGGGGCCCUCGAGGCUUACAACUCGCGCUGCGUCAUUGCGUAUCUCAUCGACCGGCAGACGAUUCAGAUCGACGACCUCAAGAGCGGCGUCUCCAUUGCCCGCGUGGCACACGAGUCAAAGAUCGACUGGCUGGAGCUCGACUUCCGCGCGUCGCGGCUGCUCUUUCGCGACAAGCAGCACCAGUUGUACCUCUACCACAUCGCCACGCAGCAGCGCACCACGCUGCUGAGCUACUGCACGUACGUGCAGUGGGUACCGCGCAGUGAUGUUGUCGUGGCUCAGAGCCGCCUGGAGCUGUGCGUAUGGUACAACGUCGAGUCACCGGACCGUGUCACCAUCGUGCCGAUUCGCGGUGAGGUGGAGGGCAUGGAGCGCGGCAACGGCAAGACGGAGGUGAUUGUGGACGAAGGCGUCAGUACCGUUGCCUACGCCUUGGAUGAGUCGCUCAUUGAGUUCCGCGCCGCCAUGGAGGAACGCGACCUGGACCGUGCAUGCGACUUGCUGGAGCGUACGGCGCUGACCCCUGGCACAGAGGUGAUGUGGUGCACACUCGCCAAAGUUUCGUUGCAGGAGGUGAAACUCUUCGUCGCGGAGCGCUGCUACGCAGCCCUUGGCGAUGUUGCGAAGGUGAGGGCCCUGCAGCGCAUACACCAGCUCGCUGCACAGGCGAGAGCAGACAGCGCUGGUGCCACUACCGGCUACGAGCACUACACGGUGCUGGCGGAGCUGUACAUGAUGAACAAUGACUUCAAGCGAGCUGAGCAGCUCUACCUCGAGAACGGCCGCGUCGAGGAUGCCAUGCAGGUGUGGGAGGAGAUGAACCGCUUCGACGAAAGCCUGACCAUUGCCGAGUCACGCGGUCUCGAAGACGUCGCCAACCGCCGUGCACGGUACUUCGCAUGGCUGAUGGAGACUCGCCAGUACGAGAAGGCGGGCGAGAUCCGCGAGAAGGACGGCAAGUUCAUUGACGCCAUCAACCUGUACCUGCGCGGCGGUACGCCGGCCCGUGCAGCGCAGGUGGUUUCCGCGAACAACCUGAAGCCCGAGCAGCAGCUUCUGGAGGCGAUCGCUGCGGCGCUCUUCAAGGCGCAAGUCUUCGAGGCUGCAGGCGACUUCUUCGACAAACUGCACAUGACAGACCGGGCGAUCGAUGCCUACAAGCGCGGCCACGCCUUCAGUCGCGCCGUCGACUAUGCCAAGACAGCCGCGCCUCAGCAGGUUGUCCCGCUGGAAGAGGCGUGGGGUGACUACCUUGUUUCACAGAAGCACGUCGAUCAGGCCAUCAACCACUACAACGAGGCGGGCAAGUACGGCAAGGCGGUGAAAGCGGCGCUGGAUUCGCGGCAGUGGGCAAAGGCGGCGGCCCUCCUCGAAACGCAGAGGAACAGCGGCGUGGGCAGCUCUGGAGCGCCGGCUGACACAGCCGCGCCGGUCGACGCGGCUACCAAGAGUGCGUACCAGCGGAUUGCACACCACUACGAGGAGGUGCAUCAGUACGCCGAGGCGGAGAAGUUCUACAUCAAGUGUGGCGCCGUCAGCGACGCUGUCGACAUGUACUCGCGCGCUGGCAUGACAGACCACAUGUACCGUGUUGCUCAGCGUCACCUGGAGCAGGACAAGUUAGUCGAGCUCUUCGUGAGCCAGGCGAAGCAGCUGGAGACGAAGGGCGACUACGCCGCUGCCGAGCGCAUCUACCUGAAAGUAAACGACGCAGAUGGCGCCAUAAUGAUGUACCGCAAGAACCGCGACUACACAAACAUGAUGCGACUUGUGCAGGCGUACCGGUCAAGCUACGUUGUGCAGACGCACUUGGCGCUGGCCUCGCAGUUCCAGAAGGAGGGUAACCUCAAGGCGGCCGAGACGCACUUCAUUGCCGGCAAGGACUGGAGCCGUGCCGUCUCCAUGUACCGCGAUCGAGACCUCUGGGACGAUGCGGUGCGCGUGGCCAAGGUGCACGGUGGCACCAAUGCGGCGAAGCAGGUGGUCGUGUCGCGUGCGACGGUGAUGGACAGCGAAGAGGGUGUGCAGCUGCUCGGCAAGUUCAACCUUGUCGAGGCUGGCAUCGACGCGGCGCUGGAGAGUUCCAAGUUUGACCUGGCGCUCCAGUGGGCGCAGCUGGCGCAGCCGGCGAAGGUGCCGUACGUGUACCUCAAGUACGCCAUGCACUACGAGGACCAGGGCGACUUCCGCAUGGCCGAGGAGGCUUUCAUCAAGUCUGGCAAGCCGCGCGAGGCGAUUGACAUGUAUGUGCAUCAGCAUGACUUCACGAGCGCGAUGCGCGUCGCUGAGCACCACGACCCGUCUGCGGUGCCGCAUGUCUGCGCCACCAAUGGGCGUGUGUGCUUUCAGCAGGGCAACUACAAGGAGGCCGAGGCGCUGCUCCUGCGUGCCAACGCGCCAGAGACGCUGCUGAAGAUGUACGUUGACGCGAAGAUGUUCCGCGAGGCUCAGCGGGUGGCGAAGGAGUACUGCCCUGAAAUGCAGGGCGAUGUGGCAAAGCGCAUGGCGCUAAACUCGAACGACCCACAGAAGGCCGGAGCGGUCUUGGAGGAGAAUGGCGAGUACCAGCUGGCCAUUGACACUUACCUGGCGGCGACACCCGAGGUGGUCCCGGACCCGGCGACCCUCGCGAAUCUGUGGGUGCGCGCCGUGAAGGUGGCGCAGAAGCACACGCGCAACUUACUGAAAGAGGUGCUGCGCAGCGCCACCGACAAGCUCAAGGCGGCGCAGCGCUACGUCGAGGCGGGUAAAUGCCUGGAGGACUGCGAGGACUACAAGGGCGCCAUCAAUAUGUACGUGCAGGCGCACAAAUUCGACAUGGCUGAGACACUGGCGAAACGUGUGAGUCCCGAGCUGGAGAGCUUCGUGAAGCGUGCCAUCGUGCAGGACAGCAUCUCCGGAGGGUCCAUGAAGGAUGCCAAGGUGGUGGAGGAGAUCGACCCCGAGGCGGCCAUGAAGGUGUAUAUCGGCAAGGGUGACUUUGCGAACGCGCUACGCAUGGCGGCGCGGAAGUCGCAGGAGGAGGUGCAGUACGUGGUUGGCCUGCAGGUGCAGCACCUCCUUCGCCAGGGCGACGUCGUGCCGUGUCUCGAGGCGCUCAGCACGAACACUAUGGACACAGACGACUUCCGCUUCUACGAGACGUGGAUGUCGGUGGCGCAAAAGGCGAUUCCCCUGCUGCCCGGCGACGACGCGGUGGCGACGCUGCUGCAGCCGCUUCACGACGGCCUUGUGAAAGUGAUCGAUAGCAUGACGCGGUCUGGUCAGAAGACUGAGGACAUCGCCAAGGCCACAGCACUCACAACCGUUGUGCACAUCUACUACAUGUCCCGCAAGAUGGAGACGGAGCUGAACAUGCCGGAUUUUGCGGUGCAACUCAUGCUCGGGCUGCCGCGCUGGAUUCCGUAUGUGGCACCGGAUAAGGCGUUCUACGACGCCGGCAUGGCCGCGAAGCGCUCGGGGCUCGAGGGGAUGCAGGACGUUGCCUUCCUCUAUCUCAACCGCGCACUGGACAUCAGCGAACGCAUUGACGACGGCGAUGCAGACAGCAGCGGGAUCGACAAUGCGGACUUUGCCGCGACAGACUUCCCAAAGGUGUACCGCCUACCGAAGGAGCCCACCGUUCCAGCGCAAGCGAUGGAGGAGGUGAACAACUGGGUGCUGACCGUGUCCAUCGACAACACAGCCGCCUCGGACGACCGCACGCUGCCGAUGGUGAACGAUCCGGAGAACGGGGAGCCGAUGUUCGCCGGCUCCGUGAAGUCCCCGCACACAGGCAAGGUGUUCCCGAGCUGCUUGGUGACCGGCUACCCCGUCAUGGAUGGUGGUCUAACGAAGUGCUCCCACUGCCAGCGUCAAGCGAACCAGGCGGACUGGAACAGGUUUGUGCUGAUGGCGAAGCGCUGCCCGUGGUGCGGCGCGGCGGCGAACCCCGACUUCAAGGUAUAG